GCUCGAGUUGAUCGAGUUCUGUCGCGACAUAUUUGUUUCGAGGCAUCUCGAGGCAUGCACAAUUGCAUGAUUUGACGUAUUUGAUGAAUAUUGAAUUGUACUGCAUGUAGAAUAUAAACAGUGAUUUGGAAAGAGAUCUUGUAGGAGAUAUUUUUAUAACAUUUUCCAUCAUCAUGGACACAGACAGGCCGUUACAUGAAGACUGGAAAAAACGGGCAUUUGUGGGACCUUUACCAGAUAGUUUCUUAAGAAUAGAGGAACAUAAUGCACAAAUGCAACAGGAAGCAGCAGAUCAACAAGCUGCUUUAGCUCUUCAACAACUACAGAUGCAGAAUAUGCCAAUGGCUCAUGAUCCUCGAAUAGGCAGACUUAGUGUAACAAUUGCUCAGGCCAAAUUAGUAAAAAAUUAUGGAAUGACAAAAAUGGAUCCUUACGUAAGAUUACGAGUGGGACAUGCAGUAUAUGAAACACAUACAAAUUCAAAUGGAGGAAAAAAUCCACAUUGGAACAAAGUCAUUCAAUGCCUACUUCCACCUGGAGUUACCCAAAUAUAUGUAGAAAUUUAUGAUGAAUGUUCCUUUGUGAUGGAUGAGCUGAUUGCAUGGGGGCACAUAGAAAUUCCACCACAUGUUAUUCAAAAGGGUGAGACACAUGAGGAUUGGUACACACUUAGUGGAAAGCAAGGAGAUAAUCAAGAAGGCAUGAUCAACUUAGUUUUCAGUUAUACGAAUAAAUGUCAACCAUACAUGGGUUCCUCUUCGAUAAUGAUGGUACCCUCUGCAACAAUGUUUGGUAUGCCAUAUGCUCCAGUGAAUGUUUACACAGCACCUCCAGCUGUUGUUGCACCAUCAGUUGUACCAAGUUCUUUGCCAAAUGCUGAAGUUGAGUUGAAACAGAUUGCAGAAAUGUUUCCAAAUGUUGACAAAGAAGUUAUCAAAUCAGUAUAUGAUGCUAAUCAUGGAAAGAAAGAUGUUACAAUUAAUUCAUUGCUUCAAAUGUGCGAAUAAGUCCUACCUUUUUUUAUAUAAGUUGCCAUAUUUAAUUUUAUCACUUUUUCUGUUAAUAAGUAUUAUUUCGUUGGGAAAAUGUAACAUUGUAAUUAAA